AUGUUCAGCGAAUUAGGUGAAUACUUGAAUCAGCGACCAUACGACAUUACGCCACAAACCAUAUGUAGCAACAACGAAUUCCGGCCCGCGUAUCCUCAGGGUCUGUUCAAUACAUUAUUAUGUAUGGAAGUGGCGACAAUAUUUUAUUAUAUGGAGGGAUUGAAUAAACACGGCACCGCGCAGAGUAGUACGGAUCCAGGAGAACGCGAGCUGCGGAACUACUUAAGGUGCAUGAUAGGGACCUGGACCCUCAUGAGGUUACAUGGCAACAAAUGUAACAUCAGAGAAAUAACGAAACAUGUUUCCACAUUCAUGGGUACGCUGGCGGAAGGCUUCAAUGCUGCAACUAAUAGACACAAAUGUGCUUGGGUUAAAUUUGAGGAACUAAAAAUUGGAACACGCCUUAUGGGGGAAGCAAUGGAACAAUGGGUAACCCAAUGGAAAAGCCGAAGGCCUAAGAUACCUCAGGGCAUUAGAGCACGAGGAUGUGAUCAGGUCGGAGGAGGGCGGAUGCGGGCAGGAAGUGGAGAAGGAGAUGGACCAAGCAACAACAUUGAUAUAUUGAAAAGUGAAAAUUUGGACACAGUGGCGGCGUGGAUCGAGAAGAAGGAGUACCUACCGAAAGCUAGCGUAAGCGACAUAAUGGUAAAAGUCGGAAAUAGUCAGAACACGCAACAAGGUAAAAAAAUAUUAGACGACGCAAUAAACACUUGGGACCAGGAAAGGAAUAAAAUAUCAUCCAAUGCAGCAGAGACAUCAUCAACACCAGCAGCUCCAUCGGGCGGGUCAGAACACGGUAAUCAGGAUGCAUCCACUAAUACCAGCGGUCAACAACCACAAGCAGGACGCAGACCGCCUGCCGCACCUCCGCACCCGGAUGAGAAGGAAAAGAGCAAGAAGGCAGAUGCGACGACUAACGGGAAGAAACAACAGGGGGAGAACGACCAGGGGGACAAGAAGGCCAGAGAAAAAGCAGAUCAGACAGGGGUGUCGUCAGCGCCAACAACUUCCACAAAUGCACAAACACCGUCCGCCCCAGCACCCAAAGGGAGAUCAGAAACAUCUGGUGCGGACACGCGGGUCCCAACAUUACCACCCGUACCACAACCCCCACUGGCGGCACCACCACCAGCACCCUCACACCCGAUACCCAGUGUUGUCACUAAUCAAGGGGCAGGGGACACCACAACAGGAACAGGGGACCCCGGUACUCCAGGUAGGGGAACAAAUGAAACUACGAGCAGGGACACGUCCACGGGAACUGCCACUGGUAACGUACAAAAAUGUACGCAACUGGAGGAUGCAGGCGAGGACCCGGUGUUUGAGUGUCCAGAGAGGGAACUGCAAGAUACGGGAAGUGUGCAUGUCCCGGAUGAGGUAGAUGACCUCAUUGGCAACGGCCCCAUGGGUGUCCACGGAGCUUCCCGUUCCAUAGAAGUAUCUGAGGGGACCUCCGUUACUGCUCCCGUAUUACCCCCAGGUACGAAUAAUGCACAGUCAGGAAAGGAAGAAAGAACAAAAAAUAAAAUAAAAUAA